UGGCAGUGUUCGCUCCAGGCGUCCGUACGUAGCCGCUAUCCCACAAAGAUGGCUGGUGUUCGAGCAUUGGGUGUACUCUCCAGACUUAUAACGAGGAGAUACCACUUCCCCUCAGGUCCCUGCCUCCGCAAUUUCACAGUGGCCUCUUCUGUGAUGGCUCGAACACAUGUCAACUAUGAGAUCAAGGGGGAUGUUGCGGUGGUUCGUAUCAACGACCCUAAUUCUAAGGUGAACACACUUUCAGAGAAGAUGCAGGCAGAGAUGACUGAUGUGAUGGACGAGAUCUGGGGCAAUGAUACAGUGAAGAGUGCUGUACUCAUCUCCUCCAAACCUGGCUGUUUCAUCGCAGGAGCAGACAUCAACAUGAUCCAGGCUUGCAAGAGUGCAGAGGAGGUCACCAGUCUCUCUCAGGAAGGCCAGAAGAUGUUUGAGAAAGUGGAGAAGUCACCCAUCCCUAUUGUGGCUGCCAUCAACGGCUCAUGCUUGGGAGGGGGGCUUGAGCUAGCCAUCGCUUGCCAGUACAGGAUUGCCACCAAGAGCAAGAAGACUGUGCUUGGCACCCCAGAGGUCAUGCUGGGGCUGCUGCCAGGGGCUGGAGGAACCCAGAGGCUCCCCAAAAUGGUUGGUCUACCCAGUGCCUUUGACAUGAUGCUGACUGGAAGGAACAUCCGUGCUGAUAAAGCUAAGAAGAUGGGGCUUGUGCACCACCUGGUUGAUACACUAGGACCUGGACUGAAGAGCCCAGAGGAGAGGACCAUUGAGUACCUGGAGGAGGUGGCAGUGGAUGUAGCCAGAGGCAUCGCCAGCAAUUCGGUCCCUCUCACAAAGGAAAAGAACCUGAUGCAGAAAAUUCAGGACUAUGUCAUGAGCUAUGAGAUUGUGCGAAAGCAGAUCUACAACACAGUUAAAGGCAAGGUCAUGAAACAGACCAAAGGCUUGUACCCAGCACCACUGAAAAUCAUAGAGUCUGUAAAAGCAGGAGUUGAGCAGGGACCAGAUGCAGGAUACUUGGCUGAAUCUCAGAAUUUUGGCAAACUGGCAAUGACCUCUGAAUCAGGGGCUCUUAUUGGGCUUUACCAUGGUCAAGUAGCCUGCAAGAAGAAUCGCUUUGGAGUUCCAGAGAAAGAAGUGAAAACCCUGGCUAUUCUUGGAGCCGGUCUGAUGGGGGCAGGUGUUGCCCAGGUGUCAGUGGAUAAGGGGAUUCACACCAUCCUGAAGGACACCACACCAGAGGGUUUGAACCGGGGCCAACAACAGGUCUACAAAGGACUCAAUGACAAAACUAGAAGGAAGAACAUCACAUCUUUUGAACGAGACAGCACUCUGUGUAACCUGACUGGCCGGCUGGAUUACACUGGCUUUGAGCACGCUGAUAUGGUCAUAGAAGCAGUGUUUGAGGACAUCAACAUUAAACACAAAGUGCUGAAGGAGGUGGAGGCUGUUAUUCCCCCUCACUGUAUAUUCGCUUCCAACACAUCAGCGCUUCCCAUCAAAGACAUUGCUGCUGCUAGCAAACGGCCUGAAAAGGUGAUCGGCAUGCACUACUUCUCUCCGGUGGAUAAGAUGCAGCUGCUGGAGAUUAUCACCACAGACAAGACCUCACAUGACACCACCGCCUCCGCUGUUGCUGUCGGCCUCAAACAGGGCAAAGUCAUUAUCGUUGUCGGGGACGGUCCAGGCUUCUACACAACACGAUGCUUGGGGCCCAUGCUAGCAGAAGCAGUGAGAGUAUUGCAGGAAGGAGUGGACCCUAAGAAGCUGGAUGAUCUGACUAAAGGUUUUGGAUUUCCUGUGGGUACUGCCACCCUUGCUGAUGAGGUUGGCAUCGACGUGGCAGCCCAUGUGGCAGAAGACUUGGGCAAAGCGUUCGGCUCACGGUUUGGUGGUGGCAAUGUUGAGGUGCUGAAGACCAUGGUGGAGAAAGGAUUAAAGGGUCGUAAGUCUGGAAAGGGAUGCUAUGUUUACCAGCCAGGAAUUAAGAGUAAAGAUGUGAACCCCGAUGCCCUGGAGAUCCUGGAAAAAUUCAGACUGACCCCGAACCCAGCAGUGUUUUCGGACUCGGACGUCCAGUACCGGCUGGUGUCGCGCUUCGUGAACGAGGCUGUGCUGUGCCUGCAAGAGGGCAUCCUGGCCAACCCAGUGGAGGGAGACAUCGGAGCAGUGUUUGGUCUUGGAUUUCCACCCUGCCUCGGAGGUCCCUUCCGGUUUGUAGACAGCUUUGGGGCAGGCGCUCUGGUGGACAAGAUGAGGCGGUACGAGGAGGUUUAUGGACACCAGUUUACACCCUGUCAGCUGCUGCUGGACCAUGCCAAGGACCCCAGCAAGAAGUUCCACAAGUGACCUGGACCGCACUGUGCCACACCCAUCACUCCUGCUGUUGUUGCCGCUGGACUCGAGAUUCUUGGAGGCUCAACUGGUACACAAAGACAACCACUCUCUCUCUCUCCCUGAUGAGCUAGGCAUGCAGGAGGAUGUUUGCCCAGGGAUCUGGCUUUACUCAAGACAGGACACAUCUCUUAUUAUCAAGAGACUGGCUCCAACUUUGCAAUUUGAGUUGCCUUUAGCAGUACAGAUAUUCAGGUAGCCUUUGGCUGAUGAAAUGGCCUUUUAACAAAAUAUAGUUUUUUUUAUUUAAUUUUUUGUAAUGUUGUAUUUUCUACUACAUACGGCACAGGGUUUUUUUGGAACAGCAGUUUACAGACACUACAAUGAUGGAAGGACUUUUAAGGCCAUUCAAUAUCUGUGUAGACAGCAAAAAGAUAAAAAUAUCUCUACAGUAUAUACACUUGUGAGUAAGUGUAUACACAUAGUUAAUAUAUGUAAUUAGCCAUUAAAUAUUGUUUCUGAGAAGAAAAUGAUUUAGCACCUAAGUAAAAAAAAUUCAGUGCCUAAGUAUGGACUUCGGCCUGUUUUCAUGCACUUGGCCUUUUGUGAUUAAACUGAUGUGAAAACAGUAAAAA